AUGGCAGCAAGCCUGCCUAUCUGCUCCACCUCUGCUGCUUCCACACAUACGAAUGCGCAAGCAAAUCCGUGGACGGUCGGGCUUGUGUUUGAGUACACCUCGCCGGACGCUUACUCUAUGGCCUCUCUCUGUGGCGCUACCUUUGGCUGGGUGGGUGACCCGGGCACGGUCACCUACGCGCUCUACGAGUCGCCAACGCUUACUCUCACAGACUUUGUCAAAGUCUCGGCCGACUUUGUCGGUUCGGCUCCGCUUGUGGCUGGUCAGGAGUAUGCUGUCGGUGAUACAACGGCAGAGGCCAACUUUGCUCAGCCGCUUCCGCUCACACCCGGCAAGUAUUAUGCUCUCCUCGUCGCCUCCAGCAACGCGGUCACUUUCCCCCGCUCCCAAGGUGCUGUUCCUAUCUCGACUUGCUCCUCCUCGCUCAACCUCCUCCAGCUACUCAAGAGCGAUCUUGGGACUCUUCCGGCCUCGCUCUCAGCCUUUUCCGUCAACGUCAACGCCGUGCCCAUCGGCCGCAUCUCCAUCUGCCCCGCCUGCCUCCCACAGCCGUCUCCGCCGACAAACGGUGCCGUCUCGACAACUGCUGUCACUCCUGCCCGCAUGAUCAACGGUGACAGUGCUACCUAUACUUGCAACGCCGGAUUCAUGAUCUCCGGCUCGCCUUCCCGCUCCUGUACUGACACUGUGUACUCGGGCCCAGAGCCGACCUGUGUCGUCGCCUCCUCGCCGCCGCCGCCCCCUUCACCUCCUCCACCGUCUCCCUCGCCGCCGCCGCCGUCUCCCUCGCCGCCGCCGCCCUCGCCGCCGCCGCCCUCGCCGCCGCCGCCCUCGCCGCCGCCGCCCUCGCCGCCGCCCUCGCCGCCCCUCGGGCCGGGUGACAUCUUGACCAUCGUCUUCUCCGAGCCGACCAACACCCCGCCGCUGUCUUCCGCUGGCCUUCUCGACUCGGCGCUGACCUGCUCGCGAACGCCAGAUACCCCUCCGGUUGCCCUCUCGGCGUGCCUCGGAGCCUCGCUCUCGGGCGUUUGGUCUGCUGACAGCACCACACUCACCAUCACCAUUGUAUCGUCGCCGCCGCCCCUUGCCGACAUCCCGCGUCCGGGCGCCGCUGUCUUUACUCCGACAGGCGGCCUCGCCAUCCGCAACUCUGCGCUCACCUCGGCCGCCGCUGCUGUACCUUCGCCAGUCCUCUCGGGCUCGUGGGGCGCGGCGUCGGCCGAAGUCACGCUCAUUGUCGAGGGCUCUGGCGGCGCAGCGCUGACUACGGCUGACGUCGCCGAGGGCGACUCGCUCAUCAUCCUUGUCCAGCUCUCGCUCCCGCCGGCUGCUGACGUCACCGUCGACUUUCGUCUCGACGACGCUCUACCGGGCGCGCCGCGCCCGCCGCAUGCCUCACUCUCUGCCACUUUGCUCACCUUCACCCCGUCGAACUACAACAGGUUUCAGAAGCUGACACUCGCUGCUGCUCCUGACGCCUACGCCGACGAGGGCGAUGCGACGCUCCAACUCGUACUUGUCUCGGUUGCAUCGGCCGAUCCGGUUUUCGCUGCCGCAGUGCCUGCUGAAGGCUUGUUGUACCCCAUUACGGUUGCUGACACCACGCCACAAGGCCUCGCCUUUUCGAGCCUUGGCUACGCGGCAGGCCACGCUGAGCCUGUGGUUCCGCCGACCACGCCGCUUCCGCCGACCGCCUCCGGUCUCCUCCGCCUCUCGCAGAUUGGCAAUCUGGUGUGUGGCCGUGUCCAUCUCCGCUCUUUUCCGUGGAAGGCGACCAGGACCGGGGACCAGGCCCGUGUUGUUGUCUCGCUCUCGACGAGCGCUCCCGAUCUUGUGUCCGUCCUCACUCGUGCCACGCCGGCCGAGUACCCAGCCCCGCCGGCGAAGACCACCCGCACCAGCCUGCAGUUGCUGCCGGGCACCAGUGGACCAUCGACCACAUUUGUGCUUGGUGCCCGUGCUGAGGCUUCGGUUGUAUUCGAUGCCCUCGCCGGUGGCGAGUUCUGCCUUGUGGCUCGUGCCGACGUUGCGCUCGCAGCUUCCACUUUGGUGACACUCCAAGCCGUUGUCCUCGCCGAGCACACCACUGCCGCCGGCUUCCCGUCGACACUGACUGCCGAGCAUGAGCUGGCACUUGUUGCCGUUGCCUGGCCCGUCGUGACCACCACCGCGCCACUGGUUGCGACCCGUGCUGGCUCGCCGGUUGCCCUCAAGGGCUCUGGCUUGACGGCCGGCCUCGAGAUCGCGGUCGCAUCGCAGCUCGCGCCGCCAGCCCAGGCCAACAUCACGGCUUCGGAAAGCGGCGACCUGCUGCGACUGGUCACGCCACCGGUGGCAGACGAGGGCUACCUGGAGCUGACGCUCCGCGACCCGGUCACAGGUGCGUCUGUCACUUUCCCAGACCUGUUCUUUACGAACGACUGCCCGUAUGAGGGCAGCUAUGGGAUUGGUGACGACUGUCGGUCUUGCCCAGACGGCGCAUUCUGCCCUGGCGGCAACCGGUUGUGGCCGAACGAGGGCUUCUGGGCCGCUGCGGAGGACGCUGGCUACAUCCAGCCAUGCUCGCAUCCGGCGCGCCGGUGUGCGGGCGGGCGGCGGUCCGAGUGCUCGCCGGGCUACUCCGGCCCAUCGUGCGCGGUCUGUACUUCUGGCUACUAUCGAGUCGGGCCAUCGUGUGUGGCAUGCUCGUCGUCGUCGGCAGUCUUUAUGGUCCUUGUGGCUGCCAACCUAGUCUUCUGCGGUCUCCUGGUCUGCGCCAUGCUGUUCCUGUCGGACGCGGUGCUCAACCUCGCGAUUCACACGCUGCUCGCGGUGGUUGUUCUCUAUACGGCCGCCAAGACAAACGCGACUGCGAUGACCGGCUGGCUCGCCGAGGCCUACCAGGUGCUGUCACUUGCGGCUCUCGACUUUCACUUUGUGCGUCCGGCGUGCCAGGGUGUACCAGGCUCGUUUGCGGCGCUGUUCUUUGGCGCGCUGGCGCUUGCUGUCGUCAUGGCUGUCGCCAUUGUUGUUGUCCUCAAGCUCGCUGCCCGCUCAGUGCCGGGCAAGUCUGAGUUCUACAGGCAGCGCGUGCCUCGUGCCCUGUCGAUGUAUGCCCAGCUGAUGUUUGUGACGCUGACGCAGGUCUUCCUCCAAGCGCUGGUGUGCGCACGGGUCGAUCGUGACAACAUGCCGCCGCUCUGGGUCCUUGAAGCCUCGCGCGACAUUGUCUGCCUCUCAGGUGGCCACCUGCAGUUGUUUGUGGUCGGCCUCGCGGGUUUUUUGCUCUUCUCACUCGGCCUCCCGCUGGCGGCGGUCUGCAAGCUGCGCAAGCUUCGGUCGGCAGGCCUACUCGCCUGGGCCGACUACCUCGACCUUGCUGCCGCAGCUCCGGGGCAGCAGCGUUUCGAGCGCCUGGCCGACGCAAGCGCCACGCUUGAAGCUGUCCACCUUGACGUCCACCUCUCGGCGAGCGGGUGGGAGGACGAGCAGCACGAGGCGAUUGACAGCGGCCAAGGCGCCGUCCGAGCCCGCUGGGGCCUCCUCUAUGAGCACUUUCGGCCAUCGACCUACCAAUGGCUCGGCUUUCAACUCGGAGUCCUGUUUGUGAUUGCGGCGGCGUCGUCUGUCCUCGCUGAUGCUCCCGGGUGGCAGACUGCGGUUGUUGCUGCUGCUCUGCUGACGGCAGCGGGCUUGACCGAGGUGGUGGCCCCGUACGGCGCGCGAUGGCGCAACCAUGUCUGCGCCGCUGUCCUUGUUGUGGCGUGCCUUGCGUCGGUCGUGUCGCUCGCGGUCGCAACCGGGCCGCUCCGAGUUGCGCGCUGGGAGCUGUCGUUUGUACUCAUGGCUGUGCUUGUUGUCGCAGUUGUGGCGGCAUGUGUUGCUUCCGUCCGUACCGCGGCUGCCGCGCUACGACUGGCGCACCCGACCAAGGUCGGACCCGCCACGUCAACACUCCCAGUGGCGUCGACGGUGGCCCAUGCAUUGUCGAUGGGCGUGCCGCCGACGUAUCGCACCAACAACUUGAGCGUCGCCCACACACAAUCGCGCUCCUCGGUUACUUCGGACUCGACUUUGUCGUCGUCGUCGUCCUCCUCCUCGUCGUCGUCGUCGUUGAGCUCGAACAACGAGCCGUCAAGGUCUCUCUCGCCAACCCCGCAACGGCUCGGUAUAUCUGCUUUUCCGGCUGAGCCGCCCUCGCCCCAUUCACCACCUGUCACCCGCAAGUCGUCGUACCGGCGGCAGGCGUCGGCAGGUGGGGCAUCGGUGGGGACGUCGCGUGCGUUGCGAGGCAAGCGACAGUUGUCGACAACGUCGGUCAACUCGCGCAAGUCACUUCGCCCCAGUCGCUCGCGGCGCAACGUGGCCUCGUCGCUUGCACGGAAUCGGGUCCGAAACAUGUCGGCCUCUGACCUCCCGAGAAAGUCGAUGGAGCUUGAUGUCACGCCGCGCGCGACUGUGUCUAUAGCGCAGACGUCGACGAACUCGGGCUCUGACGCUUCCCACUCGCCGGAGCCAAGCUCCCCGCGCGACGUCCGCACCGCCACCCGUGGCCACCAUCAUCGCCGGCGGUCGUCGGAUCGCAAAUCGAUUGCGCACAUGUCACCUGUUCCCUCGGCAUCUUCCCGUGUCGUGGACCACCACCGGCGGCACUCGAGUGUUUCUAUUCCUUCAUCGCAGUAA